AUUCUAUGCAACGAAUUAGUGAUUUUAUAAGCUGAAAUGUGGAUAGCCAUGAAUUAUUUUUUUAUAUGAUGGGGUAUGUAAGUAUACUUAAACACUUAAUAUCUCCUAUAUUAAACACCUAUUUUUCAAUUAAAGAAAGAAAGACAAGACCUCUAAGAUAUGGUUUGAAUUCGUAAUAACUGUACAUGAGCAACAGUUGUAAUGUGGGUGUUAGAUAACAAAGAUGUGUAAUCUGUAUGGGCUUAACAGAGUGUGUUGCAAGAUUUUGAUAUGAAAGAUUUAAAUGGUAUUAUUUGGAAAUUUCAAGAACCAAGUAAAAUGUGUCAUGUUGUGUCUUUGUGUGUCCGUAUGUGUUCCUGUGUGUCCUUAUAUCGUCAACCUAAUAUAAAUGUCCCAUUAUAAUUAUUGGCGUUAUUCGUUAUUACUCUGGUCCCUACCGCAACAGACCGGAUUUUGAAGAAAACGAAUUACUUUAUUGACGUGUCAUGGAAUCCAAAAUGAUAAUAAAUUUAUUUUAAUGUGUUGCAAGAUAAAAAAAAAAAAAGUUUUGGAAAAAUCUCUUGUUGAUUAUAUCUACGCCCUUCAGGUACAUGGUUAUAUCUACGCCCUUCGGGUGCAUGGUUAUAUCUACGCUCUUCGGGUACAUGGUUAUAUCUACGCUCUUCGGGUACAUGGUUAUAUCUACGCCCUUCGGGUACAUGGUUAUAUCUACGCCCUUCGGGUACAUGAUUAUAUCUACGCUCUUCGGGUACAUGAUUAUAUGUACGCCCUUCGGGUACAUGGUUAUAUCUACGCCCUUCGGGUACAUGGUUAUAUCUACGCCCUUCGGGUAAAUAAAUGGAGGCACAGCCGACGUUACUCAGACAAAAGAAUAGUGUUACCGCGUUUCUUCUUUUCCUACUCAUAAAAACAUGUUUGGCCCGCCACAAAGCUUUUAAGUAGAUUACUGAGACACAAACAAUUUUGUCUAAAUAAGAACAAACUGUUAAGCUUUAAUUAUGGUGCGACAAAAAACAAAUUCAAACGUUUCGGCCAAACGCCUUCGCAAAUAAAACAAAAAACAUCGAUUUGCUUAUAAAUUUAAUUUAAAUUAUAUAUUUAUAUCCUAUCUAUAACUAAAAAUUAAUUCAGGAGUUAAAAACUUUUCCACCACCACUCCCCCCCCCAACCAAACACACACAAAAAAAAACCACAAAAAAAAACAAGAGUUCAUCAAUCCAGUAAGUGGGUCCUUAAAAUCUACAGGUGAUAACAAUCAAGCGGUAUAAAUACCUUUACUACCAACGUCAUCUGACUAACCCAAGUGUUUCUAAGCAAUUCCCCACCAACCACCUUUCAGGCAAAGUAAUUUAAGUUCGUAAUUUUUAAUUGGUUUUUAACGGUCUGAAGAUCCUCUAGAGGUAAACGUGUCCAGCCAGUCCUAGAGGCGGAUAAGUGAUGACGUAGAGAAUGCUGACUCGGCGACCACAAGACAACAAGAAUCUUAAGAAUGUUGGCCAACCAAUAAACAGGAACAUCACAUUCAAGUAAGACAAUUGCACAGACAUUUCCCAUCAUUUUAUUCAUUUGUUGUUGGUUUUUUUAACAGAAGACUUCAAUAUUUUUUUAUUAAUCGCUCUCCUUGCCUUAAAACAUGACCAUUGAAUUAUUUCAUUGGUUAUGAAUACAUACGUAUUUUUCAACGUUCUCUGAGGAAAAUAAUUAUUUUAGCACCUAAGAUUAGUGGUUUAAACCAAAAAACAAAACAAAAACACAAGAAAAAAAACAACAACAACAAAAAAAAAAAAAAAGAAAAAAAAAAAAAACUUUAUACUACAAACAAAAUAUACAAAAAAACCACAAAAAAAAAAAAAAAAAAAAAAAAAAAAAAAAAAUAAAAACAAAGGAAAAAAAAAAAAACCUAACUUUGUACUGCCUACAGCAAUGGCUAGUUCAAAAAAUCGCCAAAAAAAAAAAAAAAAAAAAAUUUUUACUGCCUAAAACAAAAGACAAUUAAAAAAAACACCAAAAAAAAAAAAAAAGAUGUAAUGGCCCAUAUUUGUGUCCUUAAGGUUGAAUGACAUAAGACCUCUCCAAGAAUUUUCUUCUAAAAAAAAAAAAGUUUAAGUUUAGACAUCACUGCCUUAGAUCUUUCCAUCAUUAUCUAUGCAUUAACGUCCUGGGUUAAUGUCAUGUUUAAGGUUUAAGUGCGCACACUUCUAUUCCGUUGAGGCGUAUUAUAAAGGUACUCAACACCUCAAAACUGAUUGAGCAGCAAGCUGCUUUGCGGCGACCAGACUCGCAUAGUUUUGAUCCACAGAUGCACAACCAUGUAAUAAGACUGCACCCCAAAUGUUGUAGGUGUAAGUGACGUCACGUAACUAAACGGUUUGAAUUUGAAAUUAUUUCAGGAAGGCUGGCAAUGGUUGCAAGGAUACGACCAUCGUGGGCUGGACAGGGACCGAUGUAACAGAUGAGAAUGGUUUGACAUGGGUUUUGGACAUUCAUGUACUUUAAUGUAUUCUAUGUUCUCUCUCUCUCUCUCACUAUCUCUCUCUCUCUCUCGCUCCCUCUCUCUAUCUCUUUCUCUCUCUCUCUCUCACUCACUAUCUCUUUCUCUGUCUCCGUCUUUUUCUCUCUUUCUCUCUAUCUCUCUCUCACUCUCUCACUAUCUAUCUCUCUCUUUUUCUCUUUUUCUCUCUCUAUCUCUUUUUAUCUCUAUCUCUUUCUCCCUCUCUUUCUAUCUGUCUUUCUCUCUAUCUCUCUAUCUCUCUUUCUCUCUCUCUCUCUUUCUCUAUCUCUUUCUCUCUCUUUCUUUCUCUCUCUCUUUCUCCAUUUCUCUCUCUCUCUCUCUCUCACUAUUUCUCACUUUCUCUCACUUUCUCUCUCUCUCACUAUUUCUCACUUUCUCUCACUUUCUCUCUCUCUCUCUCUCUCUCUCUCUCUUUUACCCUGUAGCCUUACGAGUUGACAUUCCAAAACUUCACCCUUCACACGCGUCUUAAACAAAAAAACUUCUUUCAUAAAAGUUUAGCAAUGCUUGUGUUUACAAUUUUAAUUCACACAUAGAAUUAUUUUUUUUAAUUUUAUCAUCUUUUUACAAACUGACCUUUUACUGUAGGCUUAUCAUGAUGCUCGACUCUAACACUGGCAUUCAGGGUUUCUUUCAGCUAUAUCACACCACCCACCCCAGGACUUUCAGCUAUAUCUCCGUGGAUGGGGGGCACUACCCCCGGGGAAAGCCAAGUGCCCCCCGGAGAAAAAAUAUGUCCAACAAUAAAUCAACUGACACUGCUGGCACUGCCCCCCNUAGUGGUCUUUAAAAGCGCCUAGGGCUGAGCUCACCACGCUGUGCAUAAAAAUAUUAGCAAAGAUAAUGAUGGCAUAGUAAGUACCAGGGUGGUUUCGGUCAGUGUUUGACGUGGUGUCGGUCAGUGUCUGGAUGUAUUAUUAUUAUUAUUAGUGGUCUUUAAAAGCGCCUAGGGCUGAGCUCACCACGCUGUGCAUAAAAAUAUUAGCAAAGAUAAUGAUGGCAUAGUAAGUACCAGGGUGGUUUCGGUCAGUGUUUGACGUGGUGUCGGUCAGUGUCUGGAUGUAUUAUUAUUAUUAUUAGUGGUCUUUAAAAGCGCCUAGGGCUGAGCUCACCACGCUGUGCAUAAAAAUAUUAGCAAAGAUAAUGAUGGCAUAGUAAGUACCAGGGUGGUUUCGGUCAGUGUUUGACGUGGUGUCGGUCAGUGUCUGGAUGUAUUAUUAUUAUUAUUAGUGGUCUUUAAAAGCGCCUAGGGCUGAGCUCACCACGCUGUGCAUAAAAAUAUUAGCAAAGAUAAUGAUGACAUUAAAAAAUAACAAACAUUUAAUUAAUUUAAAAACAGCUAUAUAACAACUAAACAAAAACAAGUGUAUAUUCACACCACCCACCCCAGGAAUUUUACAUGUCCAGCCAACGACAUCAACCAGCAGCGCCGUUUAUUAGCAAUUUGGGAGGGAAUCAGUCGGGGUAGUAGCGUUUAAAGCGAUGUGUUUAGAGAGCAGUUUUGAAGGCCUUGCGUUGUUGGCGUGGUAUCGGUUAGUUUCAGCAUGGCAUCGUUCAGUGUUUUUAGUUAAGGAUACUAGAAAAGAAAUCGGCCAAGGUCGUGUCUGUGUCCAUAAAAUGCUAUGUAAAAGAUCGUAGUGUUGCGUCUCAUUGGAGCACGAUGCUCAAUGUAGCUGAGGUGGUGUCAUGCUUCACUUUAUGUGACAUCGAGGAAAUUGUCACAUUCCUGUAGACAUUGAGUCUAUACACAGAGUUAUCUUUCUACAAUUAUGAAUUUCAGGGAAAAAAACUAACGAGGACUCUGAGGAAAAGUAUCGUCACGUGUUUACAAGAUGCACGACUCUGGCCGACUGGGAGGCAUUUCAGCUCCAGAGUUUACCUGAGCGUUACAGGUCAGUGAUUGGUCAGUUGAGGUCAGUCAAUUGUUAAAUACGGGCUAGGAGACGAGUCACUUAAAAUGUAUCCAUUAAAAUAUUACAUCUUAAGCGCAUUUCAAAAGACAUUUAAGUCACUGUACUGGAAGCAUCGUGCAUCACGAGAACUCGGUGAGGCUUAAGAUGUAGAUAGUUCUGCUAAGAAAUACAAGAGACGUUCACUGCAUAUAAACUUUCGGAAAUUGGAUGGCAAAGCAUACACCCACUAAUUCGAUUUUUUUUUUUUUAAUUCUUGCAAAUUUGCUCUAAGAUAUUUAACAGUUAAUUUUUAAAUAAAGGAUUAUAAUUUAUAAAGAAAUCAAAAGAAAAAACCUUCCUGAUAAUAGAAAAUGAUUUUGUAUCAAAUAUGAUAAUAAUUACGCUCUAUAUUUGUAUAUUAUAAUGUAACAGGGAUUCUAAAACUAACCUCUAACCAACACAUUAAGAAAACUACCGAUGACAUCUCAGCAAUACAAGGUCGGCAUACACACACAUGCGACAUAGCCACUUUAAUGAUUUACAACGUGUAGAAGAAACUUUCCAUAGAAUUUAUUAUUUAAUAAUAAAGGUUUAGUUGAGAAAAAUAGCUGUGAUGGAGUAGAUUUGACUUGAAAAUAAAUUAUUUUAUAUAUAAAAUACAGGAAUAAAAAAUAAAUAUUAUCUAAUAUAACUAUUUUUUUACAAAUUCUAAGAACAAAGUGAAACUUUUGUUUUUAUGUAUUAUCUAAUAUAACUAUUUUUUUACAAAUUCUAAGAACAAAGUGAAACUUUUGUUUUUAUGUAUUGCCGGACAGGCCUCACGAAGAAAUUGCUCAAAGCACGAAAAAGAGCAGUGAGGAUUCAGUGCCGAGAGAUGCGACCAAAACUCCUUCAGAAUCCACAACUGACAGCCCUCAAGUUACCAUGGAGACAUCGUUGUUGAAUCAGACGACCCGUGACGUCAGUGACGAUGCGCGUGCACAAAACAACUCGGUAGGAUACAUUGACGGUUCAUCAUGGCUGUAAAUUUGUAAAAAAAAAUAAUAAUUUAAUUUUUGCAAUGGAAAUAAUUUUAAAAUGCCUUUUAAAAAAUUGCUGUUGUUAUUUCUAGAACUUUUUUGUUUCCAUUAAUCUUUUGAUCUUUGAAUAACAUAAAAUUCUGAAGAGACUUCUGGUUCGAUGUGAAUCAUCCUAUGAUGCUGCUGAGUGGAUUGAUAAAAUAUAUGACAUUCUUUUUACUAGUUUUGAACAUAUUUGACGAUAUCUUUGUGUUAAAUGUGUAUGAUAAACUUUUGGAAUGUAUGAAAUAGUCUUAAAGCGAUGCUUCCACUGUGAAGUGCGCAUAUGCAAGACCUUUAAAAACCAGCUCACCACCAAAGUUAGAGAGUAAUCCUACAAAAUAAACGUUUAGGUUUUGAUUUCUUUUGCUUUCAAACUUUAGAAUCAUUUCUUUACAACAAUCCAUCAAUGCAACUUUUAAGGAAAUAUAAUUAUUGUGCCUCAUUGUAUCAUAGUGCAAAAGUUGAAGCCUUUGCCAGAGUCAGUUGUUUGCAACCUUAGUAAUGUACGAGACCCAAACAACUUGUGUAAAUAAAACAAUGUUAGUUAGGCUUUAAUUAUGGUUACACAGUAUACAAAUUGAACGUUUCGGCCAAUACCUUCAUCAGUACAACAAACUAACAUUCAUACAAGAAUAAAUUAAAUUUGCAACGCCAUGCAAGAAUGCUGAACCACUUUACUUUAACACAACCAGACUCAGAAAAAUCCUCAACAUUAAAUGACAGGACAGGGUCUCAGACACUGAGUUGCUCAAACAGGCAGGUCUCCUCAGCUACUUCACAAUCUUGAUGAAGUCCAAGCUUCGUUGGGCGGGACAUGUUGUGAGAAUGUUAGAUGAACGUAUGCCCAAAAGAAUUUUCUAUGGUGAGCUUGAACAAGAAAAGCGGUCUGCUGGCGGACAGAAAAAACGCUUUAAAUACAACAUAAAAGCCUCAAUGAAAGCGUUCAAGAUAAACCUAGAAACGUGGGAGGAACAAGCAAAGGAUCGAACUUCAUGGCGUUCCACUUUGCACAGGAGCUCCAUGCAACAUGAAGUUGGCAGAACAGCGGCUGCAGAGCGCAAGAGACAUGCAAGGAAGGCCCGUUCUGACUCUGCUGCCGGAGAUACGCCAUCAUUCCCCUGCACCUACUGCACAAGAGAAUUUAGUGCCAGAAUCGGCCUCAUCAGCCGUCUGCGCACCCACAGACAGAACCAGCACAAACUCUGAUGAUUAAAGUGAUCAUGGUCGACUCUCGCCUGACGAACAACAAAUAUAUAUAUAUAUCCUACCUACACUUAAAACUGUUUUAUUUAAAUUAAUUGCUUGAAUCUAAUUAAUCUACUUAAAUUAUUUAUGGCAGCCCAAAUCUUUUAGGAUUUCGAAUUAUUUGUUCAUUUAUUUUCUUUGAGUAAUUAGUCAAUCAAUACAUUUUUGCUUCAAUUAAAUGCUAAAGAAAGUUGCAUUGAUUUUUUCCCUACACAGUCUUUAAAAAAAAAAGAUUGUAAGACCUAUUCUGUUGCUGAUGACAUUGAAUUUAUUUUACCGUCGACCCAGGAACUCUGCUCGCUACCAGAAAGUCAUGUCCAUGAUGUUCAUGGUGAGGCCGAGACGCAAACGGAAAAAAUGUCGAGACUCAAGGAUCUUGCAGAGACGUUUGGUGUCUGUCAUACUGCCAUUGUUAGUGGCGACGCCCAUGAAGAGAACUGUGAUGAGGGCUACGACUCGAGGGUAAUCCGUGUUCACCUCACUCUAGUGUUGUGCCGCUGGUGUCGUGGUUUUCACUUUCUUUGAUGGUGUUUAAAUAGAUCUAAAAUGCGCGACAUGUCGUUAAUAUCUUCCUCUUAAUUGUAAUUUUUUAUUUAAAAUUUCAGUUGCUGAUGGCAUACACGUAUCAAAGAUUUUUGUAUAAUUUGAAAAUAUUAAAACUAAUUUUCUCCAUUUCUCAAGUUUGGUUUUAUUAAAUUAUUACAAAUUUGUGCAGCCUUUCCAAGAAUUUAAAAACGAUUCCAAAGCUGCAGCAAAUGCUAAAUGUUUGAUCCCGUGAAUAAAGCUACAUGUCUAGAUCUAUAAAUCUGUCACACGUUUAUGUCCAUGUUAGCACAUUGGCAGGACCAUCUGUUUAACAUUAACGAACGCUUUCAUUUCAAACUUUUCCUCCUCAGCUGUCGAGCAUGGAAGGAGCGUCGGAAGACAUCAUAAAACCAUCAGCAACCCCGCCUCAGUCACCUCAGUCACCUCAGUCACCUCAGUCACCUCAGUCACCUCAGUCACCUCAGUCAUCUCAGUCACCUCAGUCACCUCAGUCACCUCAACGCUUACAGACUGUUUCAGCAGAGAGCAUAAAUAUUUUAAACAAGACAAACGCACAGCCGCCUUUAAACCAAAAGCGUGAUAUCAAAUUGACAAGUUUAAGUCCCGGGGGAAAUGUGGCAACCAAGCCUUCCGAUCCAGAAACGGCAACAUCAAAAAGUAUCAAAUUGACCCUUCCUGGUAAGGAGGAAUGUACUAGUGAACGGGUUCAAAGGUCAAAUGUCAAAGCGCGUGCCCCUGUUUUGAAAGAAGAUUCAGUUGCCAAGUUGUCUUACUCCAGAAGUGACAAGAACGUGUACGACACGCCGACCGGGGAGGCUAAAAAAAUCGGGGACUUCCUUUACGCCGGGAGGGAAAGGUCAAGGUUAAUAGAAGUCAGUCUGAGGCAGAUCACGCCUGGCUACCUCGACCUGCACCACCUCUCACGCGUACCCCACACAACGCAGGUAUCAGGUGAGAUAAGAAAUCUGUCGACUCGUUCGGCUGAUCGCAGAAGAACGUCAUCGCCUGACUCAGAUCAGCAGCAGCAGCAGCAAGCCAAAAUUUCCGAGCCCCGCCCCCAAUCACAGAAUGAUCUUCAACCCAAAUAUUUAACGCUGACGAAGAUUUCCCUCCAAGACGGCACUGAAGCUCCAGAUCGAGAUACCUUCCACCAAAACAGAUCGUUGAUUACAAAUCUGUCUAAGGCUUUCAGACUCCCCAAACCAACAAAGCCGCCGAAAAGUGCGAUGGGUUUAAGAGUUCCAAAUGGUCCUAAAUGGUCAUCGGCAUCUUCUGCUACCCAGAAUAAACCCUCAGAGCGCCCAUCUCCUGCUACUCGGGAUAAACACACAGAGUGCCCAUCUCCUAUGGAUCUUAAAAAUUCAGGGCACACAGAAAAUGAGAAAACUGAAAAUUUAGAACUGGUUAGCAUCCACAAAAACACUUCACUGCCAAACUCCAAGCAAGUAACGGCACAGUGUGAAAUAUCAGAUGAAAAACUCAAAGCAUCGUCUAGCCUACCCUUAAUUCCUUGUAUAAAUCAAAACAUAUCAAACUCAUUGACAAAAUCAUCGACUUAUCUUAGUAAAAACCUCCCCACAUUUGAAGCUCCUUCACAAACUUCUAAUGUAGAGUACGCCUCCAGUCUUCCAAGUGGUAAGUUGUUUAUUUUUAUAUUUUAUAAAUUUAGUUUUAAUAUGAAGUAUAUUUAGUAGGACAUUAUCAUUCAGCCAUGUUUCUUAACUCAGACCUCCUGAAACAAAGGUUUCCGUCUCAGAUUUUGUACCUCAAAAGUCAUAACGAACAUUUGAUACUUAAGACUACUAUUUCAGACUUUCGAUCUUUGAACUUCUACCUGAAGCUUUGUCUGGUGAAUGUAGUCUCCGAGCAAUGGUUGCACCAGAUUAGUAAAAAGUGAAAAUCUUAUCAAGAUUCAUCUCUAGCAUCCCUGAACUUUACGGCGCUUUAAAAAAAGAAAAGAAAUUAUUAUAUUUUAAAUUCUUCACAAUAGACUACGUACCAUGUUAUGAUGACUCCGGUCCUUGUAUAUACACAGAGUUCCAGCAGAACGAUGAUCCCUCUAGUCUCAAGCAGGCCACGGGCUCCAGUGACAUGGGAACACUACUGCCACUGGCGACUGCAAGUUGCGAAGAUCUUCAUUCGUUUUCUUUACUUAAUCUCUACAACAGCCGACGGGAGGAGACUGGGGGUAAAGCACCUGUCACAUACAGGCUACAUCAUAAUGUGAGUCUAUGGGCUUUAGUUCUGCAUAUGAGGGGAGGGGCGCUCUACAUGUUUUUUGGGGAUAAAAGAAGAGAAUUGUAUAGCAUACUUUGAUGUUUUAAAUGAGCAUAGAGAUGCCUUGCAAACAAAUAGUAUGUGUUUGCGGGACUGCGGGGGAGGGGGGUUAAUUAUACUUUUAUAAUCACAUCCUUCAAAAAAUUGUGUGAUCAGAAAAAAAAACUAUAUGUGGUUGUGAAACUUUAACAUCUAAAAAUAUUUAGUAUAGAUUUCGAUCGCUUCAUCGCUGGAGUUUGUUAGUUUUUCAACGUUCCUAAAAUGUAAACGUUUUUUAAAAUGGAUAUUGAUGACGGUUUAAAAAGUAGUGCUUACCACUGGUAGUUAAAUGCUUGAGGAUAGUUUUGGUCUUACCACCGGUAGUUAAAUUCUUGAGGAUAGUUUUGGUCUUACCACCGGUAGUUAAAUGCUUGAGGAUAGUUUUGGUCUUACCACCGGUAGUUAAAUUCUUGAGGAUAGUUUUGGUCUUACCACCGGUAAUUAAAUUCUUGAGAAUAGUUUUGGUCUUACCACCGGUAGUUAAAUUCUUGAGGAUAGUUUUGGUCUUACCACCGGUAGUUAAAUUCUUGAGGAUAGUUUUGGUCUUACCACCGGUAGUUAAAUUCUUGAGAAUAGUUUUGGUCUUACCACCGGUAGUUAAAUUCUUGAGAAUAGUUUUGGUCUUACCACCGGUAGUUAAAUUCUUGAGGAUAGUUUUGGUCUUACCACCGGUAGUUAAAUUCUUGAGGAUAGUUUUGGUCUUACCACCUGUAGUUAAAUGCUUGAGGAUAGUUUUGGUCUUACCACCGGUAGUUAAAUUCUUGAGGAUAGUUUUGGUCUUACCACCGGUAGUUAAAUGCUUGAAGAUAGUUUUGGUCUUACCACCGGUAGUUGAAUGCUUGUAGAUAGUUUUGGUCUUACCACCGGUAGUUAAAUUCUUGAGGAUAGUUUUGGUCUUACCACCGGUAGUUAAAUGCUUGAGGAUAGUUUUGGUCUUACCACCGGUAGUUGAAUGCUUGAGGAUAGUUUUGGUCUUACCACUGGUAGUUAAAUUCUUGAGGAUAGUUUUGGUCUUACCACCGGUAGUUAAAUGCUUGAGGAUAGUUUUGGUCUUACCACCGGUAGUUAAAUUCUUGAGGAUAGUUUUGGUCUUACCACCGGUAGUUAAAUGCUUGAGGAUAGUUUUGGUCUUACCACCGGUAGUUAAAUUCUUGAGGAUAGUUUUGGUCUUACCACCGGUAGUUAAAUGCUUGAGGAUAGUUUUGGUCUUACCACCGGUAGUUAAAUUCUUGAGGAUAGUUUUGGUCUUACCACCGGUAGUUAAAUGCUUGAGGAUAGUUUUGGUCUUACCACCGGUAGUUAAAUUCUUGAGGAUAGUUUUGGUCUUACCACCGGUAGUUAAAUGCUUGAGGAUAGUUUUGGUCUUACCACCGGUAGUUAAAUUCUUGAGGAUAGUUUUGGUCUUACCACCGGUAGUUAAAUGCUUGAGGAUAGUUUUGGUCUUACCACCGGUAGUUAAAUUCUUGAGGAUAGUUUUGGUCUUACCACCGGUAGUUAAAUGCUUGAGGAUAGUUUUGGUCUUACCACCGGUAGUUAAAUUCUUGAGGAUAGUUUUGGUCUUACCACCGGUAGUUAAAUGCUUGAGGAUAGUUUUGGUCUUACCACCGGUAGUUAAAUUCUUGAGGAUAGUUUUGGUCUUACCACCGGUAGUUAAAUGCUUGAGGAUAGUUUUGGUCUUACCACCGGUAGUUAAAUUCUUGAGGAUAGUUUUGGUCUUACCACCGGUAGUUAAAUGCUUGAGGAUAGUUUUGGUCUUACCACCGGUAGUUAAAUUCUUGAGGAUAGUUUUGGUCUUACCACCGGUAGUUAAAUGCUUGAGGAUAGUUUUGGUCUUACCACCGGUAGUUAAAUGCUUGAGGAUAGUUUUGGUCUUACCACCGGUAGUUGAAUGCUUGAGGAUAGUUUUGGUCUUACCACUGGUAGUUAAAUUCUUGAGGAUAGUUUUGGUCUUACCACCGGUAGUUGAAUGCUUGAGGAUAGUUUUGGUCUUACCACCGGUAGUUGAAUGCUUGAGGAUAGUUUUGGUCUUACCACCGGUAGUUGAAUGCUUGAGGAUAUUUUUGGUCUUACCACCGGUAGUUGAAUGCUUGAGGAUAUUUAUGGUCUUACCACCGGUAGUUGAAUGCUUGAGGAUAGUUUUGGUCUUACCACCGGUAGUUGAAUGCUUGAGGAUAGUUUUGGUCUUACCACCGGUAGUUGAAUGCUUGAGGAUAGUUUUGGUCUUACCACCGGUAGUUGAAUGCUUGAGGAUAUUUAUGGUAAUCUGAGAGUUAUGAUGUGUGAAGAAGAAUUGUCUUUUUGGAUUCGAGAAGUUGUGAUGAACACGUCCUGUGUUCGUGUUCUCUUGUGUUUGUUUCCUCCUGGGUUCUCCUGUUAUCGUGUUCUCGUGUGUUCUCCUAUGUUCGUAUUCUCAUGUGUUCUCCUGUGUUCGUGUUCUCCUGUGUUCUUCUGUGUUCGUGUACUCAUGUGUUCUCAUUUGUUUGUGUUCUUCAGUGUUCUUCCUCUCUCGCGUAUUCUUGUGCAGGUGUUAUGUCUCAUUUUCGCAUUAUAAAAAAAAUGAAAUGUGACUGAUAGUACUAUAGUAUUUAUAUAUCUCCCCAAUGUCUACCACGCAACUUAGUUCAAACGUAUAACCAGUUAUAUUUGUGUCGUAAAGAUAUUCUUUGCGUUAUCGUGGCUCCCAGAAUUAAACACAAAUUUUCUAACUUGCAUUAAUUCAAUAUUGAGCAGUUCUUACAACAAUUUUUUUUUUAAAUGUAUAACCAACAGGGUCACAGGUCUCAAGGGUUUCGUCCUUACAAUUCACUUUCUCCCCUGCAAAGAGCCAAAGACAUCGCAAACCGGCGUAUUCACGGCUACGUUGCUUUUUUGCCAGUAAUGGAUCGUAAAUAUUUAUGUAGUAAUUUUUAGUCUUUUUUAACAAUUACUCUUACUCUAAUUUUACAAAAAUGUGCUCGUUUUCCCACCACCCGUUUCUUUUAAAAAAUAGUCUAGGAAAAGAAGUCUUUUUUUUUUAAAUAAUACUUUAGAAACUGACCUACUUUUAAAAAUAAAAUGUUAAAAAUUUAUUUAAUUAAAAGAAGUUGCUGUAUUUUUUAAAUAUGGUUCUUUAUAGAUAUAAAAAAAAUGAAAUUUAAUGUUCGGGUGUUGAUUGUUUUUUUUAAACUUAAGCACUAAAAGUUUUCUAAUGGAUUUAGGUGACAAUCUAAAUUAAACUUUUUCUUAAACCAAGGGCAGCUAUUUAUUGUUUUCAAUAUUCGAUCAGGAUGGUUCAGAAACAGUAAAAGUUACAUCCCCUCAAUACAGUGCUCCAAGGGUUGAGCGUCUUGACUCGACCAACAGGUAAUUGUUCAAUGAAACAGACUCUAUUAUGGUUUCAUUAGUUUAUAAUCCUGAUAUUUAUAAAUACACAAACUAGUAUUUAACAAGUUAAUACAUUAUGUCCAAAUAAGGAAAUAUGUAAACAAAUGUACUUACGAAACUAAAAAAGGGAAAUGAGUGAAACAAAGUAUGGGAAAACCUGAAAAAAGGAACGCAACAAAAUAACGAACGUGUCGGCAGGAAGCCUUCAUCAGCAAAAAAACAACAGUAAAAACAAAAUUAAAUAAAAGUAACACUUAGCAGAAAUGUAGUAUCCGAUAGGGCAGCAGGAGGAUGUUUUGAGCCAAACUAAUACCCAAACUUAACAUACUAAUGUAUUCAAAUAAAUAUUUACUAAUUACAUAUCUAAAUAUAAUAUAUAGGCAAGAUAAAUGUUCAAUUUUUUGCUAAUUAUUUACCAUAUAUAUAUAUACCAAUUUCAACUCAUAGAUAUUUCAGGUAAUACAUUGCGUUUGUUGAAACUGGUGAAUUAAAUUCAUUUUUGUUAGUAACAUUUUUUAUGUAUUUGUUAACUGAUAUUUGUAUGAUGCAUGUGUGCAUUGAAUCUUGUUAACUAUUGAACCACUACUUAAGCUGCUUUCAAGUAAUUGGACAGGAGCUGAUACUUCUAAAGUAUCGAAUACCACAAAAUAGCCAAGUCGGGGUCAAAGUAGGUAGCUGCCUUUCUCUGCUGUGUCUACAUUUUCUCGGAGCUCUCCAGUGUACUGUGUACCACUUAUUAGUGGAUUGCACUGUACGCUGUCAGCAUGGGCAUCCGCAGGGGGGGGGAAGAGGGGGGCACUUGCCCCCCACUGGAUUGAUUGGAUACAAAAUUUUUAGACAAAAAUAGACAAAAAAUGUACUAAAGUAAAAAGAAAAUAAAGAGAAAGUAACUAAGCUGAUGUCCUGUCUGUUCGUUCACCAUACAAAUACGCUACAGUAAAUUAAAAGUAUAUUAAAACAUUACUAAAAAUUGUUCCCCCCCCCCCUGGAAGUUAAUCGAUUUUUUUGCCUUCCCUAGAAAGUUUUCUGCGGGCGCCCAUGGCUGUCAGUGUUGUUGUACAUUGAAUAUAAAGUCGUGCAUUAAUCAUUAUGUUGUACCCUGGUCACAUUGUUGUGCCCGUUUAUCAUAUUGUGCCCGUGUCAUAAUGUUGCAUGCUGGUUAAUUUAAACAGUGGUCAUUAAGUUCAAUAUUGAUCAGUGGUCACUAUUGUUGAAUUGUUGUUACUAUGCAGUUAAGUGGUCCAAUUGUCUGUACUCCUCAUUUGGGUAGCUUUUUUUUCCUGAUCGUUAAAUUGAAAAUUGGUCCUUAUGUUGUACCCGCAUUAUUAUGUUGUACCUUGCCAUUAUGUUGUAUCCUGGUCCUAAUGUUGUACCCUGGUCAUUAUGUUUUACUCUGUUCCUUACUUUGUAUCCGGUCCUCAUAUUGUACGUUUUCAUUAUGGUGUCCCCUGGCCAUCAUGUUGUACCCUAGUUCUUAUGUUGUACCCUAGGCAUUGUGUUGUUCCUUACUCAACACGUUGCAGCCUGUUGUGUUUCGGUAGUUGCAUGUGCCUACCAGUUCCUGUAGUUCCCAUAUAUAUCCUACAAGCUAAGAGUGUUUGUACCCUAGUCAUUAUGCUAUACGUUUUUUCUUGUGUAACACACUUUACACCGUGUUUACUGUUGAUGUACUCCCAUAAAAGGUCUAAACAAAUGGUUCUAUAUAGCCUAAUGCCGUCCAAUAUCUUCCCGUGAAACGCUAAAACCCCAUUAAGCUCAAUUCUGCCACCCUGAUAAUGACUUAACAUGACGAUCAUUGCCAUUGGGGAAAUCCUUUAUAAGACUCCUCUUGUCUGGUCGGGUCGAUCUGUUUACACGGCACAUUGUUAGACUAGUGUUUCAAGAAUGGAAUAUCGUGUCACUGGAUUUUUUCCAGUGGUGUUCCGUGAUAUCAUGGCAUCCCACCCCAGGCCACUCACGUGUACUUUGUACAUGUGUAUUUGUUUAUAACCUUUAUAUAUAGCUCAUUUGAAGCAUGUACAUUUUUGUCCCUUUGUGAGCGCUGGGUUCACGGACUACUCUCUAUGUUAUUGGGAUACACGUUACAUAGGGGCGUGCGACUCCCCAAUUGAUGUUUUAUAAAUGUGUAUUUGAAUGUUAUGUUCAGAUUAUAUUCUGUAAUUCCACAAUUCAUGGAAUGCCGAAUCUUCCUACUAAGAAUACCGCUAAUUUUACCAGUUGUGCAGUAGUAAAGGCAUAAUAAUAUUGUUAAGUACACAAAAUAAUUUUCAUGAAAGUUGUUUGCUUUCCUUAAUUGGUGAAAUUUUCACCGAAAAAAAUUAUCAAAAAUAAAUUUUAAAACUUUUAAAAAAUAGAGUUUUAAAAAUAUAUUUUGUCAAUUUCUGAAUUAUUUUUUUAUUCUUUUAAUUCUGAAGAAAACCCAAGUAUUGAAAACUAUUAGAGUUUUGAAACUAACGUUGAUAUCCUUCACAAUAGUUUUGGUGCACUUUACAUUAGUCAUAUGUUAUUGACUUUGAUCGUCUUGACUUUUUCCAGACAUUUCGAUAACAUAAUAAGUGGACUCUGGAGGCCAUCGUAACAUCAUCUGUCCAUGGAACGGAAGGCGAACGUGACGUCAUUGAGUCCUCGUGUACGGGGAAAAAAGGAACACCGCCCCUGUUUAUCGCCUGCUCCUUCUGUGCGAGCUGACUGGGAGAUCUGGUUUCCAAAGCACGUGACAUCAAUGUCCAAUUAAUCCCGUCGACAAGUCCCGUUGUUUUGAGACAGCUUCUGUGAGGACACCAAAGCCAAGCGUUGACCUUUUGUAGGGAUGAGCGGCAGAAUGAUAGCAUUGAUCUCUCAGCAAGACAACGAUGUAUAUCAGAACAGAUACAUGGAAUUUGAUGGUUCAGGAAUGUAUGUUACGGUCAAACUGCUACUAAAUCAUUAACAACAGUGGUUCUCACAACUGUGUGUCGUGUCUCCUUUGGGGGUCGAUCGGCCCUUACACUGGGGUCGCCUAAGACAAUCGGAAAAGACAUAUUUAUGAAGUGGCGACGCAAAUAAUUUUAUGCUUUGGGGGUCACCACAGCAUGAGUGACCUGUAUUAAAGGGUCGCGGCACUAGGAAGGUUGAGAACCACUGAAC